AUGGCAUGCUCCAAAACUUCGGACAUAUUAGACCAUCUAAGCCCAGGCACUGAGCACUCUAACAGUGAUAGGUUAAUUCGGCUCCAUCACCACAACACGAUCAACCACCUCUCCAGUGACACAGAGCAUCCUCCAACAAGCCGGAAGGCAGUACAUACGAUAAGAGCACCUACAAACGCCUCAGCUGCACGGGGUGGGCCGCCUUCACUUGAGCUGGACUGUUCAUACUAUAAGGAAGCACCAGGCCAGCCCAACUUCUCGGUGUCUGUUUUGGUUGAUUAUGAUGGCGUGGAGACUCGGUUCCAUUUAAGCGGUUCAAUUGCUGUGAGCCGAUUCAAGCUGGAGGCAAAUCUUGUGACUGUUUCCCGGCUGACUCUGGCUCAAUACGUGCUGCUGACGUUUGAUGCCGUUGACAGCAAUGAAGUCAUUGCUGGUGCUGUGACUCAUGGCUCUGCGAACACAGGAUUCUUUAUCUGUGAAGAUGCUGAUGCUGAGACAGCUGUGCCGGCUGAUGCGUUCUCGUUUGCCAGUACGAAGUGGUUUUCCACGCAUGAUGCUGUGUAA